UUUUCUCGGCGGUAGAUGAUGGUGUCGCUGUAGGGUCGGCCCUGGCCAGAAGAUAUGGCGUCGUUCUUGCGGCAGACGCAACCUACAAUUGAGACUAGAGACGGCAGUAUGUUCCAUCGAAUGUCGCGUUGUCGAAACACGCUUAUGAUUUUCUAUCUGUCGCAGUGGGUAUGGUUUCUCUGCCGAAAAAGAUCGAACAGGAGCGGGAACGUCGGUUCCACAAACGCGACGUCUCGGAGUUAGACAGGGAGGAGUGUCGCGACAUUGACUACAAGGCAGCGGGGGCGCUGGUAGAUGGGCGCGUUUUACUGGGACCGUCGCAAACCGCGGCUCGCGCCCUAGACUGGAAGCAUUUGAAGUUUCAACACGAAGACGCUGAGAACGGCACGAUCUCGUGCGUGGCUCUGUGUCCAAACGGAAAGUUGUUUGGAGCAGCUUGGGACGAUAUCACCGUAAUGGUUUGGAGGCUGGAGGACGGCUUAACUGUUCAAAAUCUCGGGGAUCAAGGACACACGGACACUAUCUGGUCGAUUGCUUUCUCCCCCGAUAGCAAGCAUCUCGUUUCAGGGUCUGCGGACGCGGCUGCCAUCGUCUGGGACAUCAAGACUGGGGACGUCGUACACCGUCUGGAGGGUCAUACAGAGGAUAUCAUGGCCGUCGCAUACUCCCCCGACGGCAGUUUGAUCGCCACCGGCUCCUCGGACUAUUACCUCAUGAUCUGGGAUGCGUUCAGUGGAGAGCAGCUUCAUAUCUUCAAGGAGUUCGGUGCGGACGUUAGGCGCGUCGCUUUCUCCCCCGACGGCUCCCGCCUUGCCGCGUGCUCGGACGUCUCGGUAACGGUCUGGGACCCGCAUGCAGGCACCCGCGUCGCGACGCUGCUCGGGCACAACAGCGCGAUCUGGUGCAUGGCAUUCUCGCCCGACGGCGAGCGCAUCAUGACGGGGUCCGAGGACAGCAGCGCGCGGGUGUGGAACGCGAGCAGCGGCGAGGCGCUUGUCGUGCUGCACGAGCACACGAGCUCGGUCUGGUCCGCGGCGUUCUCGCCCGACGGGAGCGAGGUUGCGACGGCGUCGUACGACGGCACCGUCGUCACGUGCGACUCGUGGACUGGCCAGCGGCGCUUCGUGUUCAGCGAUGACGUCGACGCGGUCGUCGAGGCCGUGGCGUACUCGCUCAAGAACGACCUCAUUGCGUCCGGGGCGGCGGACGGGCGCGUGCGUGUGUGGAACGCGAAAUCCGGCGCGUUCGUUGCGGAGUUCCAGGGGCACGAGGAGAUGGUGAAGAAUGUGAUGUUUACACCUGACGGUUGCAAUCUUCUGUCCCAUGCGGAUGACGGGAGCAUACGGUACUGGAGUAUUCUUGACACUUUGCGGCUGUCUUAGUAAAGCCCUGACUUUGAUGUGGUUCAAACUGUCUGUACCACGCUUCCUCUCAUAUGGCCUUGUUGCAAGUUUUCUCAUUACUGGCCGCAUGUUUAUGUCAACCAGAGAGCUGCAGCCUGAUAUAUCAGCCAAUGCAUUAAUAACAAUAUCAUGAGACUAUUCCUGCUCGAAAGUCUUAUGCGCAUAUCCUCAUCACUGGCGGCCUGCACCGAAUCUCAUCAUGUCUUUAUCGACCUUCUCCUUCCAUCCUUGAAGAUGUGACUUCCACUCCUGGAGGUCCGACAUGUUUUCUUCAAUGCCGGCGACUCUGAGGAGUAUCUCCUCUAGCACACUUCGCUCGUUGCUUUUGCCGCGUCGCUUGCGUCGCAUUUUAACUCCAGCGGUCGCAGGGACAUCUUCUCCGUCCUUGAGAUCUUCCGGGAUCUGACGGACCGUGAGCUCGAUGUGGGACUGACCGGGCUUAUUCUUUCGCAGCUGACGUAUCAUCGACUGAAAGGCCUUCUCGUCUUCUGCAGGCAAGUAGUUUCGCAUACUUCUCUCGUAUUUGGAGAAUCUGUAGUAUACGCGAUAGUUGCGUGCUUGGUUCUCGAGAAAGCCAGCAUUCUGUUGUACGGUACGAUCGAUGGUGGCGAGGAAUAUAGCAUAUGCGGCCGAGGACAGCAGGUCGAAAGUCCAGCUCUUCAUGACACGUUUGUGCUUGCUGGGUUUGUUUUGUUCUUCGAGCGUAUACCAUGAUACAUGAUACUCGAUAAUAUCCUCCGUCACCUCGACUUGAACAUAGUGGGUUACAGCAACCGAAAACGGGACAACAGACAAUGUUCACCUUUGUCUAAGGCGUCACUGGCGCUAACAGUCGAUGCUCUGCUUCCUGAUUCUAGCUCUGGCGAAAAAGCCAGUAUACCUUCGACGGCUCCGACGCUUGUGGUAGUGCAUAUACUCGCGGCACGUGCGUCGGCCGCGCUGGAGCGCAUAUUGCUGGAGU